AUGGUUCGGGGCCAACGAAGAGCAGCAGAUACCACCAAGAAAUACACCGAGGCCAUCAUGCUGCCUGCCGGACGGACUGUUAGAGCCGUGGCCAUCACCAGCGACGGCCGGCAGAGCUCUGUGGUAACAAAGGUCUUCCUGGUGGACCUUGUGGACAGCGGGCAGAACGUCCAGCAGUGUGGUCCCGCACUCCGCUGUGUGAUGUGUUGGCGCUGUGGUGCCAGUGGAUCCCUGAACGCUCACUUCUGUGCGUACUGCGGCGUCCUUCUUCAGUCCGUCAUCGCCAGUGACCAGCCUGAUGCCACGUGGAGGGAGGUGCCCUCAACUGGCACCGCCUCAAAUGAGAAGGAAGCCCCGCCCACCGUGGAUCAGCACACCCAGACCGUGGGACUUUAUUACCCAUCAGCCACCAAGCUGCAGAGGAAGGAGCAGCAGGAGGUGCUGCGGCUUAACAGGGAGCUGACGGGCAGAGACCAGCGGCCACCGCAGAGCGCCAUCAGCCCUGGCAGAGGUUUUUGGAGGAAGCAGCUGGAUCACGUGUGCGCCCACCUGAGGAGCUACGCCCAGAACCACGCCUCCUUCAGAGCCGUGCUGGGAGAGCCCCGCCUGGGCCGGGUGGUCUCUGCGGUGGUCCGGGAGGACGGUUCGGAGGUCAGUGUGACAGUGAGCUUUGAGUCGGUGAAGCACGAGCAGAUGAAGAUGCCUCCCGACGGUGGCACCGUCAGAACAGCGUUUGCCAAUACUCUGAGCAACGCCAUGGAGCGCGGCAUCCACAGUAAGAACCGGAAUAAAACCGAAAGUGAAUAA